CCCCAGCCCGGAAGCGCGACGGGGGACGGGCGGCGAGGCGACGGGUGCCGGCCGAGGCCAAAGUUGCCCGCCAUGCGCGGCUUCGCCCUGGAGCAGCAGAAGCGCCUGGCCGCCAGCCUGGUCCGCGUCCUCGCGUUGUACCGGCCGCUGACCGACGCCUACGUCAUCGAGUUCUUCAGCGACGACCUCUGGGGCCGCCUCCCCCGCGGCUGGCAGGCGGCCCUGGGCGAGCUCUCCCCGCCGGAGGUGGCGGCGCUGCUGCUGCGGAGCGGCCGCCCGACCGAGCCCUGGCCGCUCUCGCUGCUGGCCUUCCGCGCCGCCGCCCACGCCCUGGCCUUCCCGCGCCGCCCCGCCGCCGCCGCCUCCCGGGAGCCCCCGCUGCCGCCCCGCUUCCGCAGGCACCUGCGGCCCAAGAAGCAGCACGAGGUCCGGCGGCUGGCCCAGGUGGUGAAGCGGCUGAGCGAGCUGACCGGCUGCCGCCGGGUGGUAGAUGUGGGCGCCGGGCAGGGCCACCUUGCCCGCUUCCUGGCCUUCGGGCUGCAGCUGUCGGUCACCGCGGUGGAGGGAGACGCCCGCCUGGUCGCCCAGGCUGCCAAGCAUGACCGGGCGCUGGAGAAGGAGCUGGAGAAGGAGCAGGCCAGGCGGCAGGCACCAGGCAGCCCCCCCAUCCAGGGGCCGAGCCACGUGGUGGGCUGGGUCAGUCCCCACACUCGGUGGCCAGAGUUCCUGGGGCUGCUGCACUCUGGGGAGGCUGCUGGAGAUGGGGGAUCACGGGGAGCAGCCUCUGCCUGCCAACCCACCGAGCCUUGUGAGCCAAGAGAAACUGAGGCUGGAAAGGGAGGUGCAGGCGGCGGCCCAGGAUCCCUGGGGCAGAGCCCUCCAGCCUGCCUGCAAGCCCAGCUCCCGCCGGGGGCGCUUUUGCUCACUGGCCUGCAUGCCUGCGGGGACCUCAGCGCGACUCUCCUCCGGCUCUUCGUGGCCUGUCCCCACAUUGUGGGCAUCACUUCGGUGGCCUGCUGCUACAUGAAGCUGAGCACCGGAGAGGGCGCCCAGCCCGGCUACCCCCUGAGCGACUGGGUGGCGGCCCUGCCUGGCCACCAGCUCUCCUACAAGGCCCGGGAAGGGGCCUGCCACGCCAUGGAGGACUACCUCCUGAGGCUGGAGCACGACAGUCCUUCGCUGAGGGUGCACUGCUUCCGGGCCAGGCUGGAGACCAUGAUCCGGGCCAUCGACCCCACCAAGAAACGCCUCGGGGUGCAGGCCAUUCCCAAGAGCCACGAGAUGACUUUUGAGCAGUAUGCUCGCCAGGGACUGGAGCGUGUGGGGAUGAGCCCCAGUGGGCCCCUGGAGCCUGCCUCUCUGGCUCAGCAGCGGCGGGUGGUGGUCUUCUUCAGCCUUGCUCUCCUGCUGGCCCCCUUGGUGGAGACUCUCAUCCUCCUUGAUCGGAUGAUUUACCUGCAGGAGCAAGGUUUCCCCUGCGAGCUCAUCCCCCUCUUCAACCCAGCGCUCUCCGCCAGGAACCUGGUGCUGGUGGCUGCCAAGAAGGUGCCGCCCUCUGACCUCUGGGGCCUGGCUGCAGGAGACUGAGGAGGCUCUUCCCUGUGUCUGGUGCAGGAGAAGCGGAAGGAUCUGGCCUUCUCGUCCCCCGGAGUGUGUCCCGCUGCACCCCAGCCGAACAGGCCCAUGGACCC